ACGAGAAAUUUAUGGAAAUGCUGUGUAAUUGUCAAUACUUUCAGUAACGUAAGUACCAAAUAAUUACUAUGUUCAAUAUUUAAAUUAUGAAUGAAAUUGGAGGAAGAAAUAAUAUAUGCAUAAUUGUAUUACUUACAUGUUCGUACAUUACAGCCAGUAAAAUUUGCUUCACGCUAUAUAAUAUUAUGAAUCGUUAUAAUCUUUCACAUAUUAACAAAUGUUCUUAUCUUUGGUAUUAGAGUAAAUAAUAAAUAUUGCGAAUAAAAGAAUGUAUUGUACAGAUGAGAAAUGACAACUAGUCACCAUCAUAAAUUGAUUCUCUAAAACCGCACAGCAACGUUAUUAAUGUUUCGCUGACGUGUCGAAAGAAUCAAUUGAUCGAUGUUCCACUGUCAUUCUCUCUACACUCAUAAUACAUAAAACUGAACUUCGUGAAAGGGUAAAACUAAACGCAGCAGACCACUUUCGUCCUCCCUUCUGAUCGGAAAUCAGAAAAUCGAGCGCAAGCGCGCCGCUUAUUUUUCCCCUUUAAACAGUGAUCAGACAAUUUAGUCUUAAACGAGCGUUCAAGCAUCAAGCAUGCAAACGUCAGGCAUAAACAAUAAAAAAUUCCGUAUAACGGACAGCGAGUACGAAAAAAACGUGAAUUUAAGUAUCCAAUGGAAUCUUUGGUUAUUAAAAUCCAUAGGCCUUUGGCCAUAUUCAAAUUCCAUUUCAAGAAUCCGACGAUACUUCUACUGGUUCAUAAAUAUCACUUGUUACAGUCUGAUCAGUUUUCUCUUUAUUCCCUGCGUUUUAUACGUUUUCCUCGAGAUAGAAGAUACUUACGGUAAACUGAAACAAUUCGGCCCUCUGAUUUUCUGCGCGAUGGCGUUCGCAAAAUACUAUUCUUUGAUCGUACACAAAGCUGACAUUCGUGAAUGCUUGGAACGAAUCAAAUGGGAUUGGAAGAACAUGACAAACAGAGAAGAUCGCGAAAUCAUGACAGUGAACGCGAGUUUCGGACGAAAAUUGGUGGUCGUCUGCACCUUGUUCAUGUACAGUGGUUUCGUAUUUUAUUAUAUCGCUAUACCUAUUAACGUGGGCAGAGUAGCAGCAGAAAAUGAAAGUCUUACCUUCAUUCCACUGGUAUUCCCAUUUUCAAGUUUUAUCGUUGACACGCGUUAUAGUCCUACGAAUGAGAUCGUUUUUUCGAUUCAAUUGGUGGCUGGUUGUUUGAUGCAUGGCAUUACAUCAGCGGCUUGCAGUUUAGCGGCUGCUUUCGCGGUUCACGCUUGCGGUCAGAUGCAGGUGUUGAUGAAUUGGUUGAAGCAUCUCGUAGACGGUCGAUCGGAUAUGAGUGAACGUGUAGAUGGUAGAAUCGCUGACAUCGUGUGCCAACAUGUCCGAAUCCUAAAAUUUUUGACGCUCAUAGAAAAUACGAUACAGCAAAUUUCAUUCGCCGAGUUUUUAGGAUGUACACUAGAUAUAUGUCUCGUUGGAUAUUACGUAAUCAUGGAACUGAAAUCGAAUGACGUCACGAGCGCCCUAACUUAUAUGAUUUUACUUAUAUCGAUUACAUUCAAUAUUUUCAUAUUUUGUUAUAUAGGCGAGAUCGUGACUGAGGAGUGUAGGAAAAUUGGCGAAACGUCGUACAUGAUUGAGUGGUAUCGAUUGCAAGGGAACAAGAAGCUUUGUUGUGUUUUGAUUAUUGCUAUGUCGAAUUGUACGAUAAAAUUGACGGCUGGGAACAUCGUAAACCUAACUAUCAACACGUUCGCUGAUGUUGUUAAAACGGCAGUUACUUUUUUAAACGUACUACGAAAAACGACUUAA